AGCAAUAAAAUUAAGUAAUACAACAUUCAAAAUCAGGAGCAUUAUAAUAUAAACAAAUUAAGACACCGAGGGUUCUACAUCAACCUGUCAGACCAGAAUAAUACCACAUUUACAACUAUAUAAAUAUAUUUAUAAAUUAUAAGGAAGUUAUUCAGAAUAAUGUCGUACCAAUUAUACAGAAACACUACAAUCGGCAACACAUUACAAGAAAGCCUCGAUGAACUAAUACAAUAUGGACAAAUAACACCGGCAUUAGCAGUGAAAGUAUUAUUACAAUUUGACAAGUCUAUUAACCAAGCAUUAUCUAAUAGAGUGAAAUCAAGACUAACUUUCAAAGCAGGAAAACUAAAUACCUAUAGGUUUUGUGACAAUGUAUGGACAUUUAUGUUGAAUGAUGUAGAAUUUAGGGAAAUGCAAGAGGUUGCCAAAGUUGACAAAGUAAAAAUUGUAGCUUGUGAUGGAAAAAAUGUGGAAGACCGAAGGUAACCUAUGGUGAUAUUUGUGAUUAGCGUAAUUCCAAAAAUAUGCAACAAUUAAUUAAUGUUUUUUCUUGUAUGUUGUGGUUAUUUUUGAGUAAUUAAAGUUCUUAUUUUAUUAAA